AUCCUUUGUUAACUGCCCUUCAGUUAAAGACAGUCCUCCAACCACAAGCCAUGUGCCCCCCGACCAUGGCUCUUUUUCUGUAUUAGUCUCAACAGCGCCCCUAAAGGGUCCUUCGGCCAGUAUUACUCCAGCAAUGAACCAGUUCAGUAUGUAAACUUUGUAAAGGAUGGGGACUCGAACCAAUAGAAACACCCGAUGUGCAGCAACAUGCAUGUUCAUGGACCAGUCAAAGAAGCAGCCAAUAGAAAGAAGCGCUGCGAUUGAGAAGCGAGAUCGUUUACCAAUUGUGAAUUUGCAUUACCGAUAUAGGCGGGUCUUAUAAAGCAGGUGGGUGGGGUUUACGGGGUCAUUCAGUCUCUCGUAGCUUCACUCCGUCGGCGUGCGUUUGCGGGGACGGCUGGUAGUAACAGUAGUUGCCGGGUGAUACUACACUACAACCGCUGUUUGGGAGGAGGCUUCACUAUAUAUGAUAUUUAAAAUUGCAGACAGUAUUACUACCCGCUGCAUUCUUACAGAGUGUCUGUCUCUUUUUCCCCCCACCUGAUUUCUGCAAAGAAAAGAAAAAACAACAUUUGCAUCAUUGCAUAAUCUGACAGCUCCACAGCCGCGGUGGGGGACUAAGGAGUCUAUAAUAAUUAGCCAGCUAAUAAUAGCUAGAUCACUCAUAUAAGCUAAAGAGUGAAGUGGGCCGGAGCCGCCGUGUCACGGCGCCAGCAGCAGUACCUCGCAGCGUAGCUUUCGAGCUAACCCGACGACCGCUGGACACGGCAUCGGCAUCCUGAAGCCCCGCUCCCUAACCCCGUCACCUUUGCCCCUCUCCCUCCCAUCCGAAACACUGGAAAUCCUCAAGCGGCCGGGGAGCGGCGACGCGCCAGCGAAGCUGGGGGUGCUACCGCCGGUACCGGACCCGCACGGCGUCGGAGGCGCGGCUGCUGACGGACACGGCGGCGGGGACGGCACGGUCGCCAUGGAGGGGCUGUCGGUGGAGGUGCGCGGCUCCAACGGGGCCUUCUACAAGGGUUUCAUCAAAGAUGUCCACGACGACUCGCUCACGAUAGUCUUUGAAAACAACUGGCAGCCCGAGAGACAGCUGCCUUUCAGCGAUGUGCGAUUGCCACCCCCAGAAGACUACCACAAGGAGAUCGGUGAGGGCGAGGAGGUCGAGGUGUACUCCAGAGCCAAUGAGCAGGAGCCCUGUGGCUGGUGGUUGGCCCGGGUUCGGAUGAUGAAGGGGGAGUUUUAUGUGAUAGAAUAUGCUGCAUGCGAUGCCACCUACAAUGAGAUCGUCACAUCAGAGCGAAUCCGGCCUGUCAACCCCAACAGCCCCUCAACUCGAAGUACCUUCCACAAAAUUCCCAUCGCUGUCCCGGAAGACCUCCGAGACAUCUGUGUCAACGAUGCCAUUCACAAAGACUUCAGGAAGGCCAUUGGUGCCAACUGCAUCUUUUAUAACACUGCCACCCAUGAGCUCAUUGUCCUGUCCACAAACGAGUCAACGGUGAAGCGUGCUGCCCUGCUGAGCGACAUGCACUUUCGUAGCAUCCGCACAAAGCUCAUGCUCAUGUCACGCAACGAGGAGGCCACUAAACACCUGGAGACAAGCAAGCAGCUUGCGUCAGCCUACCAGGAGGUGGUAAGAGUGCGGGAGGAUCUGAUGGGUCUUGCCAUUGGCUCGCAUGGCGCUAAUAUCCAGCAGGCACGUAAGGUCCCUGGUGUGACUGCCAUUGAGUUGGAGGAGGAAAGCUGCACUUUUAGGAUCUAUGGUGAGACACCAGAGGCAGUGAAGCAGGCAAGGGUGUACCUUGAGUUCAAAGAGGACUACUUUCAGGUGCCUAGGAAUCUUGUUGGGAAGGUGAUUGGGAAGAAUGGAAAAGUCAUCCAGGAGAUAGUGGAUAAAUCUGGAGUGGUGCGGGUGCGAAUUGAGGGGGACAACGACAAAAAGCUUCCCCGAGAGGAGGUAGGCAGGCAAGCAGCCAGCAGGGAGGACACUGCUGGUGAUAAAGAGGGUAUGGUGCCCUUUGUCUUUGUGGGUACAAAGGAGAACAUCAGCAAUGCCCAGGCCCUGCUCGAGUACCAUGUGGCAUACCUGCAGGAGGUGGAGCAGCUGCGUCUGGAGCGCUUGCAGAUCGACGAGCAGUUACGACAAAUUGGUGUGGGGUUCCGCACCCCCACCAGCCGUUCUGCCGGGCCUGGGAACGCUGAGCGAGAUCGGGGCUACUUAACAGAUGAGAGCAGCAACUCCAUCCACGGAUCACGUACCUAUGGGGGUCGAGGUCGUGGGCGGAGGGCCUCCAACAGUCAGUACUCCGGAUAUGGUACAAACUCUGAGCUCUCCAACGCCUCUGAAUCAGAGGACGUGGUUGAGCGAGAUCAGAAGCCUCGCAGCACUGGUGAUGAAAGAGGGUCUCGACGAGGGGGGAGAGGGCGUGGCAGCACUGCUGGUGUUGGACGAGGCCGAGGAACACUAGGGGGGCGACCAGCCAGUCACACUAUCAGCUCUGUGCUGCGAGACCCUGACAGUAACCCCUAUUCUCUGCUGGAGGGAGAAGGUGAGCAAGGUGGUGAUACCGAUGCCAGCGAGAGCAUGGGUGGAGCUGGGGACCGCAGGAGACGCUCCCGUCGUCGUCGUAAUGACCAGGAGCCCAGCGUGAUGGAUGCCGCUGCUGAGUCAGACAGCCAAGCUGGUGCCAGUGAGAAUGGCCUAGAGGAAGAUGGUAAACCUCAGCGCCGUAACCGAAGCCGCCGCCGCCGCAACCGUGGCAGCCGUCCUGAAGGAGGCUCUGUCAGCCGCGACAGACAGCCAGUGACCGUGGCAGAUUACAUCUCCCGUGCAGAGUCCCAAAGCCGACAGAAUCUUCCCCAGAAAGAGGAGACGCAGCCUGCCCCUGAACCCAAAGAGAAUGGGAACAGCAGCCGAGAUGAGCGCACACCGGCCAAGCGCUCCCCUAGCAACGGAGUAGCCACACCCAGCGAGCCCGUGGUCAAUGGGGUGUCCUAGAGGAGCAGCCAAGCUCCUACAGCCCACACCUAAGACAGAUCUUAAGGCAACACUGAUCCUGCUUGCAUUUACUUAAACCUUAAAACAGAUGGGCAAAAUCGACAAAAUGCGUCAACUCAUAUGAGAGAAAAAAAAAGACAAAGCAUCUACUUAAACACACAUAAGUGUAUGUUAUUCUAUCUAUCGGUACUUAGUGCUUAUUUAAAACUAGCUUGCCAAAAAAGAGCUGGUGGACAUGACUCCAUUUUCCAGAAAUACUGAACACAGAAACAGGACGUGACUUUUUUCUGAUUGGUCUCUUACGUUUUGGGUUUUGUUUUCGUUUUCACUGGUUUGGACUUUGUGGACACACUCUCAGAGAACAGCCAUGUCUCUGAACAGCGUUCCAAGAGAGGAUGUAAGCUGCGCCAUGGGUGGAGGGUUGGGCAUACAGAAAUGAAUGGCUGCUGUCUUAACUUGGUGGGGUGGUGACAAACUGAGAAAUGGGUGUAUUGAAAGAGACAGACAUUGUGCCUUGAAUUUGAAAACUUGAUUUUUUUUUUAUUUUUUUUAUUUUUUUUAUUUUUUUUUGGGGGGGGGGGGGGGGGGGGCGGUGUGUGUCGUGUGUAUGGGAGGUUAUUUUUCCCUAUGUUCUGCCUAGGAAGUGUGAGCUGGCCAGAAGAAAGGGAGUGAUGAGGACAGGAUGAUUAAAGGGCCGGUCAAAUGAGAGAGAGGUCCCAUGCAAAAACCUUUGAAAGCCCUCAAAUUUUGGGAUGCUGUAGGUAGGGCAUUAAAAGGAGGAGGUGGUGUGUGGGUGUGCAGGCGUGCACAUUUAUAGUAGGAAGAGGAGGGUGGAUAGGGAUCUCUGGACCGAAGGAUGUUGCAGAAGUGACAAACUUUUGCCAUCGAAGGAUGAACAGGUUCGAUUUCCUUUAUACUUCUGGAGGUGAGGUACAGUUGCCUCGUUUUCCUGUGCACAAGGGCGAGUGACUGGGACCGAUGUUUGAGUUUUCUAACGUCUUAAAGCCAGAUGGCCUCCUCUUCCAGUUCUGCUGCUCGGUCCCUACUGUCCCAGGGUUGGUCCGGGGCACAUGGCACCAUGACACUAAAGCCUUGCUGACCCAGCAGCGCACGACAGAAUAUUCUCCAGAGCUACACGCCACCUAGACCACCUGGGUAUGCCUCCAGGGAUUCUGGCUCAACUGGGGGAACAGAGCAGAUGGGAGAGAUUCACAAAACAUGACAAGCUGUGAGUGCCUAGUCUUCUAACCACCCCCCCCCC